AUGGGGUUUUGGGAAUUGUUGGAGGUGGCUUCUGCGCCAGUUAUUGAAGUCCUACUUAUCAGUGCAGUAGGAGUUUUUAUGGCAACAGAAAGUUGUAAUAAUCUUCUUUCACCAGACUUUAGAAAAUCCUUGAACAAGGUUGUCUUCAUUGCGUUCACUCCUUCACUUAUAUUUGCCAGUUUUGCCAAGAAUGUUUCUCUUGACGAAAUGAUAUUAUGGUGGUUUAUGCCCGUUAACAUUGGACUUACCUUCUUAAUUGGAGGGAUUCUGGGAUGGAUAAUUGUAAAAGUGCUGAAACCAAACUUGAAACUGCAAGGGCUUAUUAUUGCUUCUUGUUCAACAGGAAACAUGGGUAAUCUUCCUAUUGUAAUUAUCCCUGCUAUCUGCAAUGAAAAGGGAGGUCCAUUUGGUGAACUUGAUGAUUGCCGCAAGAGGGCUCUCUCUUAUUCUUUUUGCUCUUUGGCGCUUGGUGGUGUCUUCAUCUGGACCUAUACUUACCAACUAAUGCGAAACACAUCCUUGAGAUAUAAAGCAUUUGAGGCUGCCGAGAUCUUAAAGAUGCCCAACAAAGGCCUAGAUGCUGAUGAAGAAACUGGCUUUCUCAAGCGAAAUGCCGGAGACUCAGCAAAUCAAAUUCUUGUAGACCAAUGUGCGUCCACUGUGUCUAUGAAUAGUGAAACAUCUUUAUGGCAUAGAAUGACGGAAACUGUUGGUCAUUUCCUGACAGAACUAAUGUCACCCCCAACAAUUGCUACGUUUUUUGGUUUUCUCUUUGGUGGGGUUGAAUGGCUAAGGAAUCUAAUAAUAGGACGCGAAGCUCCACUACGAGUGAUCCUAGACUCCAUUCAAUUACUAGGGGAUGGUACAAUUCCUUGUAUCACUGUUUUGCUUGGAGGCAACCUUACACAAGGCAUGCAGUCAUCAAGUGUCCAACCAUUGGUCGUGAUAUGUAUCAUCAUAGCUCGACUAGUCUUGCUACCUGCCAUUGGAUUUUUUGUUGUUAGAGGGGCUGCAAAUUUUGGUCUGCUCCCAUUGGACCCUUUGUUUCAGUAUGUGCUAGUGAUUCAGUAUGCCUUGCCACCUGCAAUGAACAUCAGUACCAUGGCGCAGCUAUUUGAUGUAGGCACUGAAGAGUCUUCAGUUAUUAUCUUGUGGACAUAUGGUGCUGCAACUAUUGCUCUCACUCUCUGGUCAACAUACCUCAUAUGGAUAUUUUCUUAA